AACCGAGCACUGCCAGCGGGAGAGAGGAUUACUUUAUUCAAGACCACCAUGUGUUAAUUACAAGUUUCGAGAUUCUGUUUCUGCACCGAGUAAGUAGCGUGUUAUUUGUAUGUGUUAUUUGCUUCUGUUUUGUAUGUUUUCCCAACAAGUUGCCUUCUUGUUUGCAGCCUAUUUGAAUGGCUACUAUUUUAGCUUUCAUCAAAUUGCAGGAAUCAGUACCUAGGUAGACGGAAUAGUCUCUUAACAACACUGACAUGGCCAUUAACACCGUAGUGUAAUGCCACCAUAGUGAUUAACACAACUGUAGUCAUUGAUAAACCCAUUAUGAUUAAUAACACAAGAGUGAUUGAUAUCACAAUAGUGAUUGACACCACCAUCUUGAUUGACACAACCAUAGUCGUCGCCUAUUAACUUAAAGUGCAACAAUGGCGCGUGUGUCCUCCUCGGGAAGAAGUGGGUCAAUAUCAAUUAACUAAUUAACGUUGUGUUCCCGCCGUUGUCUUUAGGGUCCAAUUAAACGGGGCCCUGACGUUAAAACAAUGUCGCGCGCAGAGAUGGAAAUACCGGGACGCGGUUUCCCGGGUCUGUCGGUGGACAUGUCCGAGGGGGACUGCCUGUCCCGGGUGUCCGUGUUCAGGCCCCACGGUCUAGGCGCACGGCGGAACUCCUAUGGCUUGCAUAAAAUCACCAUGGACAUCGACUCCCCGCUGUACAGCGGGGUCCUGUCCAAGGCGCUGUCAUGGUCCGCCGAGAACAUACUGUCGCUCCCAGAGUCCCGGGCCGAGGAGGAGGCGGGGAAGACGGACGACUCGCCCAAGUCCCCGUCCAAGUCACCGUCCCCCUCCCCAACCUCGAGCAUCUGCACCGUCGCCUCCCUCACGCCCCACUGCAGCGCAGCCUCGGAGGCUGUCCUGCUCACGGACACCUGGGCCUCCGUCCCGGCCUCCUCCUCUUCCGUCCCCCAGGAUGCGAGCUCGGACUCGGACACCGAACUCCACGUCCCCCACAGCAAACCGCACAAGGUGCUGUCGCGGCUCCCCUACCAGAGCAAGAGGGAGCAGGAUGAGAAAGAGGAGAUCGAGACCAAAGCUGUGGCCACUUCGCCCGAUGGAAGAUAUCUCAAGUUCAACAUCGAGAUCGGAAGGGGUUCGUUCAAGACCGUCUAUAAAGGGCUGGACACGGAGACCACGGUGGAGGUGGCGUGGUGUGAGCUACAGACGCGAAGGUUGACCAAGGCUGAGCGCCAGCGGUUCAGCGAGGAGGUGGACAUGCUGAAGGGGCUGCAGCACCCCAACAUCGUCCGCUUCCACGACUCCUGGAAGUCGACGGUGAAGGGACACAAGUGCAUCCUGCUGGUCACCGAGCUCAUGACCUCCGGCACCCUCAAAACGUACUUGAAGCGCUUCAAGGAGAUGAAGCUGAAGCUGCUCCAGAGCUGGAGCCGACAGAUCCUCAGGGGGCUCCACUUCCUGCACACCCGCACCCCCCCCAUCAUCCACCGGGACCUCAAGUGUGACAACAUCUUCAUCACCGGGCCCACGGGCUCUGUGAAGAUCGGUGACCUUGGCCUGGCCACGCUCAAGAGCGCCUCCUUCGCUAAGAGCGUCAUCGGAACGCCAGAGUUCAUGGCGCCGGAGAUGUACGAGGAGAAGUACGACGAGGCGGUGGAUGUGUACGCCUUCGGGAUGUGCAUCCUGGAGAUGGCCACCUCCGAGUACCCCUACUCCGAGUGCCAGAACGCCGCGCAGAUCUACCGCAAAGUCACCAGCGGGAUAAAGCCUGAUAGCUUUUCCAAAGUUAAAGUCCCGGAGCUCAAAGAGAUCAUUGAAGGCUGUAUUCGCAACGUUAAAGAAGAGAGGUACACCAUCCAAGACCUGCUGGACCACGCCUUCUUCCAGGAGUACAACGGCGUGCACGUGGAGCUGGCGGAGGAGGACGACAUGGUGAAGUCUGGCCUGAAGCUGUGGCUGCGCAUGGACGACACCAAGAAGCUCCACGGGAAGUACAAGGACAACAACGCCAUCGAGUUCCUGUUCGAGCUCUACAAGGACGUGCCGGAGGAGGUGGCCCAGGAGAUGGUGGUGCUGGGCUUCGUGUGCGAGGGGGACUUCAAGCUGGUGGCCAAGGCCAUCCGGGACCGGGUCACCAACAUCAAGCGGCACCGGGAGAAGCUGCGGCGCGUGGCCGAGGAGCAGAGCAGGCAGCUGGGGAGGAGGAGGAAGGACGAGGAGGAGCAGCAGCAGCAGCAGCAGCAGCAGCAGCAUCUGCUGCAGGCGGCCCUGGAGGAGGACAGGAGCCUGGAGGGGAGCCCCGCACCCCCCUGCCGCACCCCCACGCCGUGCCAGACGUCCCCGGCGGCGGGCGGCUCGGCGGACUCGGGGCUGGCGGCGGCGGCGGCGGCGGCGGCGGAGGCGGAGGCGGAGGAGCCGGAGCUGGACCAGCUCGUCCACAGCCGCCACAACAGCUGCUCCUCGGCUAACUCCGACUGCGAGAUCGACUGCUUCCUGAACUCCUCGGGGCUCCAGGAGGCCCUGGAGGCUGAGGGGCCCGGGACCCCCCCCACGGCCCCCCCAGCGCGGCCGGGCACGUCGCCUGGCAACGGGCUCCCCAUGCCCAGCCUCCGCUUCCCCUCGAGCAUUGCGGUAUCCAGCAACACAGAACAUGGCAACCCGCCCAGCGGCUUCAACUCUCCUGUGGACAGCUACGCCUCUGAUGUCACCUCGGGGCUGAGUGACGGCUACGAGGGCCUAUCGGAGAAGAGCGGCAAAGCGGAGGUGAGGCGGACGGCGGGCAAACUGUUCCGGAGGCGGGCGCGGUCACGCCUGCGAAUCACUGGGCUCUCUGACAAGGUGGACCGCGUGGUGGAGUGUCAGCUGCAGACCCACAACGACAAGAUGGUGACCUUCAAGUUUGACCUGGACGGAGAUAACCCCGAGGACAUCGCCGGGGUCAUGGUGCACAGCGAGUUCAUCCUGCCCUCGGAGAAGGAGGGCUUCAUCCACCGCAUGGGUGACAUCAUCAAGAGGGCGGAGUCUCUGAUGGGGAAAGAACACGAUGUCCAUGUGGCCGGCCACGGCCCCCUGCGACCCCCCUUCCUCAACGGCGUCAACUCGCUGUCCGCCUCGCAGCCCAACCUGCUCACCCACAGCCUGGCCCGGACGCAGUCCUCGUCCUCCCUGCCUGACUACAGCCUGGGCGCCCCCCCGUUGCCCCCCUCCCGGGGGGACCCCUCAGACGUUACCUCAGCGGGGAGACACCGGGGACGCUCCCAGUCUUUCCGCAGCAGCAAAGGCUCUCCGCAACACCACCACCACCACCACCACCACCACCCGUCCUCCCUGCUGCCCCAGAACCACCACCAGCACCAGCAGCAGCAACAGCAGCAGCACCAGCAGCAGCAGCAGCAGCAGCAGCAGCACUACCAGCUACCCUACAUGGGGCACACACACUUCCCCUUCCCCUACCCCGCCCCACCGGGCUCCCCGCAGCCAGAGCUGGGGCUCCAGUACCCCCAGCAGACGCACUCACCCCUCACCCGUGUGGCCAGCAACCCCACCUUCCCCACCACGGACUCGCCGUCCUCGGGGUCCCCCAGACAGACCCCCGGGACCAUGACCCCCCCGGGGGCCCAGCAGCAGCAGCAGCAGCAGCAGCACGCCAACAUGUGGCCCGCCCACUCGCAGCCCCUCUUCUCCCUGGCCAACGUCAUCUCCAUGGCGAUGAGCAUGGCGCAGUCCUUCAUCCCCGCGUCGGGCCAGGGCCUCGCGUCCAUGCCGGGGUACCACCCGCAGCUGGCCCAGCACCCCCACCAGCAUCCCCACGGGCCCCACAUGGGGGGCCCCUCGGGCUACGCGCCGCAGUUCCCGUCCCCCCCCACGGAGGGCCACUACCCCGGGGAGGGGGACUUGUGCUUCAGCCCCGAGCCCCCGCAGUACCAGGGGGACGGGGGCGGGUUCCCCGGCUGGACGAGCCCCGCCUCGCCCCCGACCAGCUCCUCAACGCCCUCCACGCCGCCCCGGGGCCCCCAGGAGGGCCACGGUGGCCCCCGCCCCGACGGCUCUCCCCCCCUGGUCCAGGACGACCUGGGAGGCGGGGGGCGACUCCACAUCCACGAGGACCACCCUUACUCCGCCCCGCUGCCGCCGCCCCCCCAGGCCCAGGCCCAGAGCUCCAGCUCGGGCUCGGAGCCCCGGUCCUCCUCCAGCCUGUCCCCCUCCCCCCCGGAGAGCCCGGAAAGCACGUUAUCGUCCGUCAGCCCCCAGUGUCACCCUCCGAUGCCUCAGAUGACCGCCAGUCCUCCCAGACCCACGGCCCCCUCCACGGACCCUCCCGCUGCUGAACGUCGACCCGGGCCGGUGACGGUGGGCCGCUUCCAGGUGACCCCCAGCUCGGAGGCCGUCGCCACAGCAGCAAGACCCUCAGCGGUCCCCCCGGCCAGACCCCCUACAGCCCCCGGGGCCCGACCAACGACGGCCCCUGGGGCCAGAACCCCUACGGUCCCCGGGGCCCGAGCCGCGACUGCUCCUGGGGCCAGACCCGCGGUGGUCCCCGGGACCAGACCCGCGGUGGUCCCCGGGGCCAGACCCGCUACGGUCGCCGGGGCCCGAGCCACGACGAUCCCAGGGGCCCGAGCCACGACGAUCCCAGGGGCCCGAGCCACGACGAUCCCAGGGGCCCGACCGGGAGGCGGCUCCAGCAGCUCCUCGUCCGAGAGCAGCACCGAGGAGCAGGGCGGCUCGGAGACCAGCCUGGGCACCUCCCUCACCAUGUCCCCCCCGCAGCCCUGCCCCGUCAGACCCCCGACCCAGGACGCCCCCCAGGACGGCCGCAACGCCGCCGCCGCCGCCGCCGCCGCCGCCGCCGCCGCCGCCCCGGAGCACGGCCAGGCUGCCGCCGCCGACGACGAGGAGGACGACGAAGAGGAAGGAGGGGGAGGGAGGCCCGCGGAGACGAAGGAGCGUCCGCGGGCGACGCAGGCCGGGAGCGCCAGGAGGCGGAGCCGCAAGCGCACGUGCAGCCUGAGCCUGCUGGGCACGUCGGCGGACAGCGGGCUGUCGGUGACGGCGGCGGACGCCGAGGGCGGCGGCCGGGUGUGGGACGGGGGCUCGGGAAGCCCCCAGUACACCAACGCGCUGCACCACCUGUGGACCAUGACGUACAGCCGCAGCGCGCCCUACGUCAGCAGCGACGACACGGAGAGCAGCGAGAGCGAGAUGCUGGAGGAGCUGCAGGAGCUGCGGGAGAAACACCUGUCGGAGGUGCAGACCCUGCAGGCGGCCCAGAAGAGGGAGAUCGAGGAGCUGUAUGCCAAGAUGGGGAAGGUACCCCCCCCGGGCAUCGUGUCCCCCGCCGCCAUGCUGUCCAACCGCCAGCGCCGGCUGUCAAAGAGCAGUGGCGUGCCCCCCUCGCGGCGGAACAGCCUCCAGCGCGUGGACAUGGGCCCGCUCCAGGGCAUCAUCAGGAGGAACUCCCUGGGUGGCGGCAGCAGCAGCAGCAGCAGCUCACAGGACAAACCAAGCAAAGGGGUGACCUUCUCCACGGACAUCAAUAGAAUGUAAGAACCUUCAGCCCAGCAAGCGUUCACAUCCGGACUACCUCAUCCGAGUAAUGACUGCAGCGGUCAAACCGAUCCUUACGCUCAUUCUCAAUCGGUUCACUGACACCAGAAAUGUAUUCCCGUCAUCUCUGAAGACAAUACAAGCCCUCGAACACAAGGCACUGUCACUGUCAACAGGAAUUCAUCUCCACAAUCUCUACAUCCUAUUGACACAGGAACCAAAGCCCCUAGAUUGGGACCGGUGAAUUCAUUGCAACGGUGGCUAUCAACUACCUACUAAACUAUUCACGUGGUUAUCUCAAGACUUGGACCAAACCAAAAAACAAAAGGAGAGCUGAUCUCAUGUGAAUUUGCUUUAAACAGAUUGCUGAACCGUGUGUUCAAUUCCACGUUAGUGUUUUGUGAAUAUGGAGGGAUCAAAGCUUCUGUAUUAAGCCAACUCGAUUAAUUUUUUAUUUCUUCUUGUUUCUGUCUCACUGCCGCUGACGUUUGACUGACCUUGGUAAAGGUUUGGGAUAAUGAGAGGCAACGUGCUGCAGUCUAUUUAUGAAACAGUGCUUUCUGAGUGUAGCCUCUGUGGAAGACAAUAUUAUUUGUAUAGUUAAUGCCUUCCUAUUACUGAAAAGAGAUUGUACAUUUCAGCCUAAUUACAUGUUGAUCACAUGUAUUUCGAAAAGCUUUAUCAUACUUUACCUAGUCUAAAAAGGUAUUUGUGGGGAUAUUUUAUCAAGCACAAGGGCUUCAGGAUAUUGAGGCUUAGCUAGGAUUCUGAAAUAUGUACUCGCAGCAGACUUCUGUUGAGUAGUCUUGGGAGGCUAUUGUGAUCUUGUGGGUUCCCAUCAUGUUCCCCUCUGAGGAUUAGGAUGUGAUCUGUUGAGCGCGUCAACACCCAAUCGAGACGCUGACAAUCAGCACUCUGAAAGUGUUUGCUUAACCGUGUGAGUUUCAUUUGUUAUCCUUCUCCUAGAUUAAGAUCAUUGUAUAGCUGUUCGAUAAAAUAGAACAAGUUAAAUGGCAAUAAAAAAAAGUGGACUUUUCUUAAAUAGCGAUGGAACAAAUUGUUUUGUUUUUAUUUUAUUUGGGAUUUGACCGCUGGCCUUCCCUUUGUAAUGUGUAUUUUUGCAUUAUUUAAAAUAUUUUUGCUUAUAGCCUUAUGAGGAAACUAAAGAUCUUUUCAACUAUAUAUUUCUUGCGUAAGCAUAAUCAACUGACUUGUUGCCUGAUAGAUUAAGCACCUUCCGCACUUUAGUCCUUUAUAUUUGCUCUUAUACGUGUACAAUAACGUGUAAAAUAAUAUCGGACAACAAAUGUGUUCUGGUUCGUUUAAUCUUUUUCCUCUUGGGGUGUCUUUUCUUCACAGAGAACUCAAUUAUAUUAUUCCAAAUGGAUGAAACAAAAUGUUGUGUAUACUUCCACUAUAUUAACUGCAAUCCCAAGGUUAAAGUUUGCUAGUAUUUUGUUGUAUAUAGAGAUCUUUAAAAGCUGUGAACCUCUAGCCGUUGCCUUAGUUACAUGAAACACUCCCCUCCCUCCAGAUAUCUGUUUUAAGAUUUCCGUAAUAUAUUCAAAAGAGAACCUUAUGCAUCUAUACAUUUUAAAUGUAAAUAUUGAAUUGUAUUUCUCUUUAAUGCUGCUGUCCUUUCAGGCUGAAUCUGUGCCUUUCUUUUUGCGAUGUCUUAUUUUAUAUCGUAACCCAUGACAUUGGAGGCUGGAUCAAGCUCCAUGAAUUAUAUUUUGAGAAAUUGAAUAAAUGUUAUUGCAAU